AUGGAAGUAGGGAGUAAAUCAAGUCCUUUUCUCUACAUGGACGAAUGUAUUCAAUGCCAGCACGCUAAAGACGGUGGUGUCGAGGCAUUUAUUGCCCACUUAGCUGUUGAACACAGCAUACCAACAGAGUGGCCCAGUGAUAGGGCUGCAAGGCUAACCGGGGCAGAGGCGAAAAAGCCCUACACUACCGUUGCUGCUACUCGAAAAAAACGAAGAAAAUUGACAACACCUAGACCACUUAACAGUUUUAUGGUGGGAUUUAGUUUUCUUCACAUUUAUUGGCCGAUUCUAUUAUUAGCACUCAAUUUAUUUUUUAAUUUAACUGAAGAGGUAUCAUAUUUUGUCGUCAUUUUGUGCUUGCAUAAAUCUUUUUGCAUAUACGCAUUUUUUGCUUCAGUGUGCAUUGUGCAAUAUCGUCUAACGGUGCAAUUCCUUGACUUCAUGGGCAUCAAUUCAUCGGUGUUGGCUCGUUUUAUUUGUAGCAUUAAUGUUUUUGCUCAGCAUAUUCGUCGUAAUGUUUUGGCUAUAUUUGACACAGCUUCAAGUUCACACGUAAGCCGCUUGUUGGGUGAGGCCUGGAAUUUGAUUCCCAGAGAAGUACGGGCUUUGUACGACGAGGAAGCUGCCCGAUUGUCAAAAAUUCACAACAUUGAAUUCCCGACUUAUAAGUAUCAACCAAAACCUCGUCAAUGGCAGUCGAGCAGUGUUGCUGUGUCCGCCUCUCCUGCUACAAGCACUCGUAUGUUACUAUUAGCUAAUUUUUUUACUUGUGCGCCUCCAAUACCUAUAAAGCUAUGGGAUAGUCGAAUGUGGUAUAAAGAACAGUCAUUACGUUGUAUGUACUUUGGAUUACUUACUAUGCGUCACCAUAACGCAAUUUUGCGUUAUAAUGGCCUCACAAAACCUUAUUUUGAACAGUUGGCAACUGCUUUAAAACCACAUAGUAAGCUGUGUCCAACACAUCUUCCAUUUGAGAAGAGAGACUUAUGCUUGGGAUUGUCUGAUUUCAAUAACGAGAUCCUAUUUCUCUUGAUUUUUUUCAUUGGGAAAAUUACUGUUACGGACCUUGAUAAGAUUUUUGCCCAUAGUCGUGGAUGCAUGGAAAGGUACUUACUUGUCCAAUUUGCUCAUUUUUCCUCAGUGAAGAUUGAUACAAAGAAACGCCCACAUACAUUGAAUGGGAAUCGAAUAAAUAACUAA